CGGGCAAGAAUAAGGUGGUCCUCUGAAAUGAGGAUAUUUCUUUGUUGCAUGAUUAAAUACUUUGAAGAAGAUCACAGUGCUUUCCAGGAUAUAUUCAAUUCUCAGUUUGAAAGCGAGCUCGAGGAAUAUGGAUUUACUAAUGGUGAAAUUGCACGGUGGACGAGACUUGAAUCACGGUGGGUUAGUAUGAGAAAGGAUGGAGACCCGAUAUGGGGUGAUGUGCAUACUUCUAGCUUCGACCCUGAGCCGUGGUUACCCGUUGUUGAAAUGAUCGAAGAAACAGCGGCCUCCCUGAAUAUAUCGAUUACUCGAAAACACGAAGAUACUGUGGAUUGUUCUCAAUUUACAUACCAGGACUCACCUGCACCUCUCCAGGGACUGCUUACGACUUCUAUACAGCAGCCUGAUGCCUGCGACUCUUCGGACCCUGAAUCAUCCCUCUGCACUGCUGGCGGGAAGGUUUGUUUCUGGUGUCAAGCUGAAAGUCCUGAUAAAGUGAGUGUAGUAUUCAAAUCAAAUACCUUGAAAGUACUUUCCGGUCCUCCACUUCUUUACCGGUGGUGGAAUGCCAGGUCUCAAGGUGUUAACGCUGAGAGCAAGUUUGUCGCCGGUCUAUUUUCAGAUAUAUUCCAGGAAUACUUUGCUCCUGAAAGCAUUAAUGAAGACAAGUUUCGGUAUUUCUUCGAGAACCAUGUUAGCAUACAGCAUACACCUUCACCUUUUAUCUCAACUUUCAAAUCUGCCCUUGCUCCAAUCCACAGAGCGCUGCGCGAAGAGGAAGGAGCGUCGAUAUCAAUUAUUGAUAGUAAACGCUUGAAUACAAGAGCUUAUUCUGCACUUGACCAUAUGCAAAAAUGGAAAUAUAAGGUCGAAAACUCGAACUAUAAUGGUGCGGGUGAGUAUCUGGUAUGGGGCCAGAUUGACGACGAUGCGAUUAUAUGCACAUUCAAGAUUACUACUCUUCGGCAGAUAUCGCAAGAGAACCCUAGUAUAAAUCAGUUCCUACAGCUAGGAAGGGUUGCUGGUUCAAGAAGAAAUAGGAGAGGUUUGCAUCAAGCACUAGCAAAGGAUGCUGUAUACCUGGAUAAGAAAGCAGGAAUAACAGUUGGAAAGCUUCUCUCGCUCCUGGCAGUCCCCCAUGAGUAUAUUGGAACCGUUAGUGAAGGAAUGGCAUACUCUUGGAGAGUUAAGACAAGACGCAUCCCAUGGAGAGAUUUUUUUGAAGGUGUUGAACUCGGGUAU